ACAGCGACGAUAAUCUGAUACGAUAUCAAUAGAACGUUGAAGUAUCGGUGCAUAUUGUAGUAGAUCUCCGAGUCUGGUGUAGUUUGACGUCGGAAUGUCAGAGACGCUGGAAUUUACGCCUGUGUACGACGAUACUAGUGUGAAAUUCCUCGAAAGUGAAUUCGCGAGGCUCAGAGGAGAAUGUUACGUGGAUCAUGCAGGCGCAGCUUUGUAUACAGACACGAUGAUCAGGAACAUCGGAGACGAUCUGCAACGUUGUCUCUACGCUAAUCCGCACUCGGUCGGUAUUCCUAGUUCAUCGACGAGAGAUAUUGUCGAUCAUAUGAGAGAUCGAAUUUUAAACCACUUCAAUACUACUCCCGAUGAAUACAGCGUUAUCUUUACCUCAGGUGCUACGGCGAGCCUGAAGACAAUCGCUGAAACAUUCUUGUUCAAGGAGUAUGAAAGUAAUAGAAUCGGACGGCAUACAGGACACUUCGUUUACGUCCAGGACAAUCACACGUCAGUCCUUGGGAUGCGAGAUGUAGUCGCUGCUAGAAAUGCCUCGAUCACUUGCCUCGGUCACGAUCGGGCGUUUCAAGUUUUCGAGCAGCGUACGAACUCUCGUGAUUCCGAUCGUGGGAGACGGAAAAACUGCAAUUCGCUUUUCGUAUACUCUGCGCAAUGUAAUUUUUCCGGAUUGAAGUAUCCUCUUGAAUGGAUCAAGAAUGUACAUGCGGGAGCGUUGUCCGCUGUCGUUGGUGACUCGUCGACCGACUGGUACGUCCUACUCGACGCCGCCAGUUUCGUGCCGACGAAUAAUUUGGACUUGUCUAUUUUCAAAGCAGACUUCGUGUGUCUGUCUUUUUACAAAAUGUUCGGUUAUCCCACCGGCAUCGGUGCUUUGCUGGUAAAGAACUCUAGCUCAGACGUUCUGAAAAAGGUUUACUACGGCGGUGGUACGGUGGACGUUGCUCUCGCUUCUGAAAUGUUUCACAGAAAGCGUCAAGUAUUGCAUCAAAGAUUCGAAGACGGGACUGUGCCGUUCUUAUCAAUUGCAUCGUUGCGAUACGGCUUCGAUGUGCUCUCGAAGCUUACCAUGGACAAGAUAUCGCAGCACGUUUUCUCUCUCGCCAGAAUCCUGUAUCGUUCCUUAUUAAUAUUGCAUCACUGUAACGGGAAGUCAGUUGCCAAAUUGUAUACAGAUUCUGAUUACGAGGAUCGUAAUUCGCAAGGAGGUAUUGUUACGUUCAAUCUCAUUCGGUCUAACGGCGAAUACGUGGGCUAUACAGAAGUCGCAAAUAUGGCAGCGUUAUUCAAAAUACACCUCAGAACCGGCUGCUUUUGCAAUCCUGGUGCCUGUCAAAGGCACUUGUCUCUUGCAAGCGAGACGAUUCUUCAAAAUUAUGAGGUGGGCUACGUAUGCGGCGGUACUGUAGAUUUAAUCAAUGGAAGGCCAACUGGAGCAGUGAGAAUUUCAUUCGGCUAUAUGUCCACCAUGAAAGAUGUCGAGACGGUUUUACUUAUGAUCACGAAAUGCUUCGUUGACGGGCCGAGCAUCAAGAAAAUUCCGGAACGGUGGGAGGAUCACAGGGUGAAAGUUUCUAAAAAAUAUAAAACACAUUUUUGCAAUUCCAAUAUCUUAGAUCAUGCUACUUCAUCUAUUAUCGAUAACGAUGAGAAUGGGAUGAACAAUAACAUGCAGAAUAGUGUACAGAAUAAAAGCGAAAACCACAAGGACAUUAUGACUUUCAGAAAGUCUGAUAAUACGAUUACGCGCGCGAACAAAUGCGUAUUGCAACGAUUAUUUAUUUAUCCCAUAAAAUCAUGCGGUGCGUAUGAGAUUUUAGACUCGUGGAAUUUAAAUUCAAAGGGCCUAGAAUACGACAGAGAGUGGAUGAUAAUAACAUCUUCUGGAAUUUGUUUGACCCAAAAGCAUCAGACGAAUCUAUGCUUGCUGAAGCCUGUUAUUUUUAAAGAAAAAAAUAUUAUGGAACUCUCAUAUCCAGGAAUGCCAACAAUUGCAAUACUUCUAGCAACUACUUAUAAGGAAUCAACUGAAUGUUCUAUAUACCAAAGCAGAGUAUGUGAGAGCAGAGUAACAGGUGUCGAUUGUGGAUUGGAAGUUUCGGAGUGGCUAAGUUUGGCAUUGGGCAAACCAAACCUCCGAUUAAUUCGACAAAGCUAUAGCAGGCAAAAGAAAGGAUCAGACAAGGAAUUAUCAUUUUCUAGUCAGGCACAAUAUUUAGCAAUAAAUGAAGCGAGCGUUUCAUGGCUUAUUGAUAAGGUAACCGAUGGUAUAGAUUUCAAAAAAGAUACGGUCGUGCAUCGAUUUCGAGGUAAUAUUAUUAUCAAAGGUUGCAACGCCUUUGAAGAAAUACAAUGGCAACAUAUUCGUAUAGGAAAUAACAAUUUCAAGGUAAAUGGUCCUUGUACAAGAUGUCAAAUGAUAUGUAUUGAUCAAACAACUGGGAAGAAGACUAUUGAGCCAUUAAAAACACUAGCACAAGAAUUUCAUGGAAAGUUAAGAUUUGGAAUUUACUUGACUCGAUUGAAUAAUACACAAGACUUGCUUAAAAUCGGCGAUAAUAUUUACUAUUCGUGAAUAUGUAUUUGUUUUAUAAGCAAUCUUUAAAUAAUUUAUAGUUUUAUAAACUAUGCAUAUGUUAACAUUAAUUCACCAUAAGCUAAUUAUCAAGAAAUCUCAUUUUGUCAAAUAUGUAUUUAUUGUAAAUGAUUUAACUG